AUGAUCACGACUAUACCCACACUUUCAGGAGUGAAUGCCUCACACAAUGACCAGGUCUGCAGCACAUGGGGUAACUAUCACUUCAAGACCUUCGACGGGGACUUUUUCCAGCUCCCCUCUACCUGCAACCAUGUUGUGACCUCACUGUGUAAGAGCAGCUAUGAGGCUUUCAACAUCCAGAUGAGGCGGCAGGUGGUGGACAACCAGCCCACCAUUAGCAAGAUCACCAUGAAGCUGGAUGGUGUAGUGGUGGAGCUAUCCAAGGGUGUUGUUGUGGUCAAUGGGCAGACGGUGACCCUGCCGGUCAGCUUGUCUGGAGUCAGCAUCAUGAAGACUACUUCCAAUGUGAAGGUCGUAGCCAAACUGGGGCUGGUUGCCGUCUGGAACAAGGAUGAUUCCCUAAUGAUUGAAAUGAACGAUAAGUACAGAAACCAGACCUGCGGACUCUGUGGUGACUUCAAUGAAGUCCAAACAUACAACGAAUUCAUCAUCAAUGGUGGGAAACUCUCUAGCUCUGACUAUGGAAACCUCUGGAAACUGGAUGGUCCUCUGGAAGUCUGUGAGGAGCCUACACUAACUUCUGAGGAGAGUUGUGGAGAUGAGGAAUUUUGUCAGCAGCUAUUUUCCAGUGCAGCUUUCAGUAGCUGCACUAAUUAUUUGGACAAGGACGCCUUCGCCGAGACCUGCCUGGCUGACCUGUGCCACUGUGAUAACAGCACCAACUCCUUCUGCCUGUGCAACACCAUCUCAGAGUACUCCCGUCAGUGUGUUCAUGCAGGGGGGAAGCCCCAGCAAUGGAGGACUGAACAGUUCUGCUAUAAGACAUGCCCCGACAACAUGGAGUACCAAGAGUGUGGAAGCCCCUGUGUUGACACCUGCUCCAACCCAGAGGCCGGACAGUUGUGUGAAGACCACUGUACAGGCGGCUGCUUCUGUCCUCUAGGUACUGUUUUUGAUGACGUCAACAACAGUGGCUGUAUUCCAGUGAGAGAAUGCCUUUGUGUCCACAAUAGACAAGUAUACAAAUCUGGAGAAUCUUACACCAGCAACUGUAAAGAAUGCACCUGUGCUGGUGGUCAGUGGGCCUGUACAGACAAGGACUGUCCUGGGACCUGCUCUGUGGAGGGAGGAUCCCACAUCAACACCUAUGAUGGGAAAGCCUACACCUUCCAUGGGGACUGCUCUUACAUUCUGACCAAGCAAUGCAAUGGAACUGAAUUCACCGUGCUGGGAGACAUUGUGAAGUGUGGGUUGACUGACACUGAGACGUGUAUGAGGGCUGUUACCCUUGCCCUCUCCAGCAGAUCCACCGUGAUCCGAGUCCAGUCAUGUGGAAGUGUUUUUGUAAAUCAGAUUCUUUCUCAGCUCCCACUCUAUACAGCUGAAGUGACCGUCUUCAAGCCCUCCACAUUCUACAUUGUUAUCCAGACAACUCUUGGAGUUCAACUUCAGAUCCAGCUUUCACCAGUUAUGCAGAUCUACAUAACUGCCAUCUCAUCCUACAAAGGAACAACCUGUGGCCUUUGCGGAAACUACAAUAAUGUUCAGGCAGAUGAUUUCAGAGUCAUCAGUGGAUUGGUGGAGGGCACAGCUGUAGCUUUUGCCAACACAUGGAAGACCAUGUCUAGCUGCCCUGAUGUCAAGACUAGCUUUGAAAACCCCUGCAGUUUGAGCAUUGAAAAUGAGAAAUAUGCCCAGCACUGGUGUUCCAUGUUAUCAGAUCCUAAAGGAGUGUUCUCGCCUUGCCAUUCUGAAAUAAGACCUGACACCUACAAAACCAACUGCAUGUAUGACAGCUGUAACUGUGAGAAGAGUGAGGACUGCAUGUGUGCUGCCGUCUCCUCUUAUGUCCACGCUUGUGCUGCCGAGGGUAUCCAACUCACUGGCUGGAGAGACACUAUCUGCAAUACAUUUGCCACUUGCCCCAGUCAAACAGUUUAUACCUACAACAUGACCAGCUGUGGACGCACCUGCCGCUCCCUGAGCAUGACAGACCAAUCUUGCCAGGUGGAGUUUGUUCCAGUGGACGGAUGUGGCUGUGCAGAGGGCACCUACAUGGACGAGGCUGGCCAGUGUGUUGCCCCCACCAACUGUCCCUGCUAUGACAAGGGCUCGGUGGUCCCUGCAGGAGAGACUAUCAGCAGAGACGGUGCCACCUGCACUUGCAGACAAGGGACACUGAGUUGCACUGGCGAAGCAAGACUAUUUAUAUGCACACUACCAAUGGUUUUCUUCAACUGCUCAACUGUACCUCCAGGAGCGUCAGGUUCAGAGUGUCAAAAGAGCUGCAAAACUCUGGACAUGACCUGUAUUAGCACAGAGUGCACAUCAGGUUGUAUGUGCCCCAACGGACUGGUGUCUGAUGGAAACGGAGACUGCAUCAAGGAGGAACUUUGUCCUUGUGCUCACAAUGGAGCUACUUACCAAGCUGGAGAGACCCUUAAGGUUGACUGCAAUACAUGUACUUGCAAGGACAGACAAUGGCAGUGUACCACACAUCUCUGUGAUGGAGUUUGUGCAAUCUAUGGAGAGGGUCACUAUAUCACUUUUGAUGAGAAAAGGUUCAACUUUAAUGGAAACUGUGAAUACACUCUCAUUCAGGACUACUGUGGCAAUACUAAUGGCAGUGGCAGCUUCAGAGUCCUCACUGAGAACGUUCCUUGUGGAACUAAAGGCACCACCUGCUCCAAGACCAUCAAGCUCUUCCUGGGGACCAGUGAGCUCAUACUGGCAGAUGGGACCGCUCAAGUUGUCAGGAGUACUCCAGAAGAGCAGUUUCCUAAACAGAUCAGCCUUCUGGGGAAUUAUCUGGUCAUUGAAGUCAAAAGUGGUCUAAUCCUCAUGUGGGACAAGAAGACCAGUCUCUUUAUCAAGCUUAGCCCACAAUACCAGGGGCUGGUGUGUGGUCUGUGUGGAAACUAUGAUGGCAACGCAAACAAUGACUUCACCACUAGAGCCCAAGCGACUGUUGUUGAUCCGGUGGAAUUUGGAAACAGCUGGAAAGUUUCAUCAAGCUGUCCAAGUGUAUCCGCUGUAGUGCACCCAUGUGCCUCCAACCCGUACAGAGCGUCUUGGGCCCAGAAACAGUGCAGCAUCAUUAACAGUGAUGUUUUCACAGCCUGCCAGAACCAGGUGGACCCCUCUCCUUACUACGAUGCUUGUGUGAGAGACUCAUGUGCUUGUGACAGUGGUGGAGACUGCGAGUGCUUCUGUACCGCAGUGGCAGCUUAUGCAAAGGCCUGUAAUGAAGCUGGAGCAUGCGUAGCCUGGAGAACCCCUCGAAUUUGCCCACUGUUCUGUGAUUACUACAACCCUACUGGAGAAUGUGAGUGGCACUACAAGGCAUGUGGAGCUCAGUGUAUGAAGACCUGCAGAAACCCUUCCGGAGACUGUUCUAGUUUAAUUCCAGCAUUGGAAGGCUGCUAUCCUAACUGUCCUGCGGCACAACCUUACUUCAAUGAGGAGACAAUGAAGUGUGUGGAGAGGGAACAAUGUGGCUGUUAUGACUAUGAAGGAAACCAGUACACCAAUGGACAGAAUCUUCCGGCACAAAAUUGUGAAACAUGCACCUGCACAAUGACUGGAGUGAGCUGUAGUUAUGAUGUAAAUGAUUGUACAUGCUUGCAUAAUGGUAAACAGCACCCAUAUGGAGAAACCCUCUACAAUACAACAGAUGGGAUUGGUAACUGCAUUGUUGCUGUUUGUGCCUCGAACGGAACCAUUACCAGGAACAUUUCGCCUUGUAAAGUGACCACAACUCCAGUACCAACCACAACAUCCCCUCUGACCACAACCACUGUCCAUGCAACUACAACACAGACCUCUACAACAACACUAAAGCCCACAACUGUCUUCCACUUCUCAACACCUGAACCAACAUCUACUUGGUCAUCCACAACAAUGGAGACAACACCUGAAAUCACUAUUGGCACCAUAACUUCAUCAUUAAAUCCUUCAACUACAACAUCUGGAGCAAGUACAGUCACAAUUCCCAACCCGACAACUGUAACUACAACAACUACGGUACCCUCGACCACAGCUACGUUGACCACAGCUGAAACUUCAACUAUGGAAGAAACCACAACUAAGACCAUAAUAUCUACAAAGCCACCUGAAGUAGUCACCACUGGUACCAGAACAACGACAUCACAUGUCACCACCAAACCUUCAGUGACUAAAAUUGAGUCAAUUACAAAAACACUACCUUACUUUACAGGUACAAUGUGGCCUUUAACAUCAACAACACAGCCCUCAACAACAACAGAAUCAGUCAUCACAGGUGGAAUAUUGACAACAGAGCCUACCUCCCAGAUUACCAAUACAAACAUCUGGGAUAUUCACACACAACACAGUAUCAUCAUCUACAACUCCACAAAGCCACCUAAAGAAGUCCCCACGGGCCCAACAACAACUUCCACCACUGUAAUUGCUGAAACCUCUACUUCAACAUCACAGCCCACAACAACAGGUGAAGAAACAUCAGGGCCAGUUGUCAUAACUUCCAAUCCCACGACAUCAACCACAACUACAAUGGCACCCACUACAACAACAGAGGUAACUACACCUACCACAGGUGUAACGACAACAGUUGAAGAAACCACAACUGAGACAAUUUCAUCUACAUCCACAAAGCCACCUAAAGAAGUCCCCACGGGCCCAACAACAACUUCCACCACUGUAAAUGUUGAAACCUCUACUUCAACAUCACAGCCCACAGGAACAGGUGAAGAAACAUCAGGGCCAGUUGUCAUAACUUCCAAUCCCACUACUUUAACAACAACAACAGAGGUAACUACACAUACAAGAGGUGAAACUACAACAGUUGAAGAAACCACAACUGAGACAAUUCCAUCUACAUCCACAAAGCCACCUAAAGAAGCAACCACAGGCCCAAUUACAUAUUCCACAACUGCUGAAGUUGUAACUUUAACAUCACAGCCUUCAACAACAAGUACAGAAACAACAGAGCCAGUUGCCUUCACAGGCCCAUUAGAAACAACAAGAAAUCCUUCAACAUUGCCACAAGUGAUUAUUACACCAACAUCACAAGUAGUCACCACCAGCCAGUGUAUGUGCAUUGUUAAUGGGACACAAUAUCUACCAGGGAACCUAGUGUAUAAUGUGACUGAUGGUUCAGGGUGGUGCUUCACCGCUUACUGCAAAGCAACCUGUCAAGUUGAAGUGGAAUCAAAUCCAUGUCCUUCCUCUACACCACCCACUGUUUCACCCACAACGUCAGAGACAACGACCACACCACCAACAACUCAAUCCUCCCCAGACUGCACUAGCAUUCAGCCACCAAGAAAGAAUGGAGAGUCUUGGCAGCUGAAUAGCUGUACCACAGCAAUUUGCCAGGACGGCAUUGUUGUCCAGCUACCAGUAAAAUGCAAGCCAGUGGAGCCACUACAGUGUGAGAAUGGUCGUCCACCUGUCAAGGUCUAUGAUUCAACUGGAUGCUGCUUUACAUAUGAAUGUGAAUGUGUAUGCAGUGGAUGGGGUGGAUCUCACUACAUGACAUUUGAUGGAGUAUAUUACAAUUUCCAGGAGAACUGCUCAUACACCUUAGUGAAAGAAAUCAACUUCAAGUACAACCUUACCAUUAUUGUUCAUAAUCACUACUGUGGAAACGCAGACAGUGGAUUCUGUCCUCAGUCCCUUAUCAUUCACUACAAUUCCUAUGAAGUGAUUCUUACCCAGCAGAGAUCUGGUGAAACAACAGAAAACGUGGUAUAUGUCAACAGUAAACGAAUCUACCCAGCUUACAGAAUGGUUGACAUUGCUCUAACAAGUACUGGUGUGGAGGUCGUGCUGGAGAUCCCUGAUCUUAAGGUUCAGGUGUCUUACAAGGGGUCAUCAUUUAGCAUCAACCUUCCUUACUCCCUCUUCCAAAGCAGCACAGAGGGCCAGUGUGGUACCUGUGAUAAUUCCCAGAAGAAUGACUGCCAGUUACCUAAUGGUCAGAUACAGAGCUGCUCAGUCGCAGCUAGCCAGUGGCUAAUUCCAAACCAGGACUGUCAAACUCCUCCAACAGCACCACCCCCAAGCACAUCCCCUACCCCCUGCAAGACAGCCGUUUGUGAAAUCAUGAACAGCAAGGUCUUUGAGGAAUGCCAUAAAGCGGUUUCUCCUGAUGCCUUCGUUCAGGCCUGUAGAUCAGAUGUCUGCUACAAUGCUAAUUCUAGCUGCUCUAGUCUGGAGGCAUAUGCAUCUGAAUGUGCAAAUAAAGGGAUCUGCAUUGAAUGGAGGAAGUUCACCCAUGGAGAAUGUGAGCAUACAUGCCCAGCCACGAAGGUGUACAUGCCAUGUGGUCCAGCAGUUGAACCAACAUGUAAUACCAGAUAUAAUGAGAAGUAUUUGAACAACCAAACCCAAAUGAUCAAUAAGACGAAGGAGGGUUGCUUCUGUCCAUCUAAAACCGUCUUGUUCAGCACCUACUCUGAUACUUGUGUGUUCUCCUGUGGCUGCACCGGACCUGAUGGCAACCCCCAAAUGCCUGGUGAUACAUGGGAGAGUGGUUGCCAGCAGUGCACCUGUGACAUGGACUCCGUGAUUGUCCAGUGCCAGCCUAUCACCUGCCCCACACCAGCCACACCCAUCUGCAAUGAGACUGGUUACAGACUGGUGAACAAGACAGAAGGCUGCUGCCAGAAAUAUACAUGUGAGUGUGAUGCACUGCUUUGCCCCAAAGUCAUGAUGGACUGCCAGCCAGGGUGGGAGGCAAUUAUAAGCACAUCCAACUCAAGCUGCUGUCCAGAGUAUACCUGUGUUCCUAAGGGUGUAUGUGUCUACAAUAACAUUGAGUACCAGCCUGGUGCUGAAGUUCCUAAAGGAACAUGUGAGAAUUGUAUCUGCAGCUCGACCAUGGAUCCUAGCACCAAGCUCAACAACAUUGUGUGCACAAAUAUCUCCUGUGACACUACAUGUUCACAGGGCUUCCAGUAUCAGGCCAUACCUGGUCAGUGUUGUGGGAAAUGUGUACAGACAAGCUGUGUGGUUAAUAUGCCAGAUAAGACCAAACACACUAUGCAGGUGAACGAAACAUGGUCACCACCUGGUGACAAAUGUGUGAUGUACACGUGUGACAAAAGUGAUGACCAAUAUAUACCAGUAGAGGUGAAGACUGUGUGCCCUGAUUUCAGCCCAGAGAUCUGUGUCCCAGGCACAGAAAAGACAGACGCAAAUGGAUGCUGCAAGACCUGCACAGAACGCAGGAAUGUCUGUGAGAUGAAGUACACCACCACUAGCUUUGUCAUCAGUGGCUGUGUGACCGCUGAGCCUGUGGAGAUCAAUUCCUGCUCAGGAAACUGUGGAACCUCUUCCAUGUACUCAGCAGAGGCGAACACCAUGAUGCACUACUGCUCCUGCUGCCAAGAGGCGACUACUAGCCAGAAAGAGGUGGAGCUGCUCUGCCCUGAUGGGUCAAAGGUCAAGCACUCCUACAUCCACGUGGAGUCGUGCGGAUGUCAUGUCACAGACUGUGAUGCAAAAAUGACCGCCGCCCCGGGGACGACGAGAAAGCGCGGAAGGAGGCGCUAAACGUCUAGGGAGACAACAUGCACACUGAUAUAGGAAUUAUCCUCAUGACAUUGAAUGUUUUACUCCAAAUUUGUUUUCUUGUAACAUUUUACUUAAAUCUGUCAUGUCAGUGUAUUUCCACAAUCGGCAACACUUACUAUUAUGUUCUUAUACUUUCAUUGUAGAAUGAAUGUAUUUUCUAUGAUAAAUGUAGUGGGUAAUCUCUUUUCUCAUUUGUAAUGAUUAAUAAACAACAGCAACAUCA